AUGGCGACGGAGCAUGCGAUCAUUACUGAGCGGCCGAUGGAGCUGCCAUCGCUCCCGCCCAACCAGGGCCUGGAGGCCAUGAAGGACAUCGUCUUUGGAUCGGCGGCAGGAAUGGCAGGCAAACUUAUUGAAUACCCCUUCGACACCGUCAAGGUCCGAUUACAGUCACAACCCGAACAUCUCCCUCUUCGAUACUCCGGCCCGCUGGACUGUUUCCGCCAAUCGUUCGCUACCGAUGGCUUCCGGGGACUCUACCGAGGGAUCAGCGCCCCGAUGACCGGGGCCGCCGUGGAGACUAGCUGUCUUUUCUUCAGUUAUCGACUCAUCCAGGAUACCCUGCGCGCCACGGUGUAUCCUAAUGCAGAGCACCUACCGUUCCCGGCCCUCGUGGCGAGCGGUGCGCUCUCGGGAUCAAUUACCUCGUUGGCACUCACUCCGAUCGAGUUGGUGAAAUGCAAGAUGCAGGUUCCUGCCGAGUCGGCCGCUAAACCGUCUGGCCCCAUGGCACUGGUCGCGACCAUUUUCCGCCAGGAAGGAUUGAGGGGAUUCUGGCGCGGCCAGACGGGCACACUUAUUCGUGAGACAGGUGGCAGCGCGGCGUGGUUCGGUGGAUACGAAGGUGUAUCAUCGCUUUUGCGCAAUUACAACAAGUCACAGGCGCGACCAGCCUCUGACUCACUCCCCGUCUACCAACAAAUGAUCGCUGGCGCAACGGCUGGCAUCAGCUACAACUUCCUCUUCUACCCUGCCGACACAAUUAAGUCUCGAAUGCAGACAGAGGAUAUCUCCCGACUCCCCGUCAGCGCCCAGCGACAGACCUUCUGGAGCGUGACCAAGGCGUUGUGGCGACAGCAAGGGCUAAAGGGCAUGUACCGCGGGUGCGGGAUCACCUGCGCGCGCUCGGCGCCCAGUUCCGCCUUUAUUUUCUCUGUCUAUGAAGGAUUACGGCAAUACGUUGGAUGA